AUGAACCGCGACGACAACGACAUCCCCGCGCCGCCGCCCCAUCGCUACGGCCAGCCCCUGCGCCAAAAUUCCUCCGUCACCCCCGGCGUAGACAAUCUUGGCCCUGCUUCGGUCGGCGGCGGCAUCAGCGGAAUCGCCCUCGGUGUCGCCAACAGCCACGAUCGCCUAAGCGGUGUCGACGCGGUACACGGCAUGGAUUAUCACGACGGUUUCUCCGGCCCUGCUGAGCGCGGUUAUCACACCACCGGCUCGGACAAUCCUUAUAUUCCAUAUACCCCGGGUGUGGGGAGCUCAGAAUCGCUGCGGCCAGAGCAGUCGUAUGGAUCGAACGUGGCGUUUGGUGUCGCGGGCGCUUCGCCGGGCUUGCACACACCGGCCCAGUCAUCAACACAUCUCAGUGAUGCGGGUUCAAACCGGCGCAGUAUGUUGGACCAGUAUCAUGGGGCUUACGGUGGUGGUGGGAUCGUGAGCGAUGGGCCGUACCAUCGACAGUCGCAGUAUAGCACUGGGCAUGUUUCUGGGGAUAUCAACCCAGAGGAUAUUGCGGACGACGGCGAUGAUGAGUUUAUGCCGAGGGCGCAGAAUGGAGCUGCGCCGGCUGCGGGCGCUGCAGCCGGGGCUGGUCUCGGCGGACUCUUUAAUCGUGGCGGCAAUGCCAAUCCGUCAUAUGGACCCGUGCCAGGUGGUGGUUUGGAAGCUGGGAGACGAAGUGCGGCGGCACAGGAAAAGGCCGCGAUGGGUGGUGGUAUGGCUGCUCGCAAGAAGCGUGGUUUGAUCGCGGGUCUCGUCCUCGGUUUGAUUGUCCUGGGUGCGAUUAUUGGUGGUGCCCUGGGUGGAACGCUGGGAACGAAGCACAAUAAUGGAUCGUCAUCAUCGUCGUCAGGUGACAAUUCUGCAACUAGCGACACGGCGCAGAAUGGAGAUCUCAAUAAGGAUUCUGAUGAGAUCAAGGCGCUGAUGAACAACCCGGAUUUGCACAAGGUCUUCCCCGGCAUGGAUUAUACACCAUGGGGCGUCCAGUACCCGCUGUGCUUGAAGUAUCCUCCCUCGCAGAAUAAUGUCACUCGUGACUUGGCCGUGCUUUCUCAACUUACCAACACCGUCCGCCUUUACGGCACUGACUGCAAUCAGACCGAGAUGACUUUGCAUGCGAUCAGCCAGCUUGGCUUGACGGAUAUGAAGCUCUGGCUGGGUGUGUGGAUCGAUCCCAACACGACAACCACUAACCGCCAGCUCGACCAACUGUACAAGAUCAUCGACGAUACCAAGGAUCCCUCCAUCUUCAAGGGCGUGAUUGUCGGUAACGAAGCGCUAUACCGCGCUGGUAGUGACCUGCAGUCCGCGGAAACGAGCUUGAUCAGCUACAUCACAGGUGUUGCCUCUGAAUUGAAGAAGCGCAAUCUGAAUGACAUGGAGGUGGCCACAUCCGACCUCGGCGAUAAUUGGAACGCUGACCUGGCUGAUGCCGUCGAUGUGGUCAUGUCCAACGUACACCCAUUCUUCGCCGGAGUCAACGUCGACGUCGCCGCGGCCUGGACCUGGGACUUUUGGCAACAACACGAUGUCGUUUUGACCAAGGGGACUACCAAGAAGCAAGUCAUCUCUGAGGUGGGCUGGCCCAGCGGAGGUGGUAAGGACUGUGGAUCGAGCCCAACUUGUGACUCUAGUACCCCGGGCUCUGUCGCAAGCAUUGACAACAUGAAUACCUUCAUGUCUGAAUGGGUCUGCCAGGCUCUGGAAAACGGCACGGACUAUUUCUGGUUCGAGGCAUUCGAUGAGCCCUGGAAGGUUCAGUACAACACCCCCGGCAAAGAGUGGGAAGACAAGUGGGGUCUCAUGGACGCUGCGCGCAAGAUCAAGUCAGGCCUCAAGAUCCCCGAUUGCGGAGGCAAGACUGCCUCGUAG